CCGAUGCUCAACAUGACCGAGGAGCACGACAAAGCGCUGGAGCCGCCGUGCAGCCCCGCGGGCACCACCAGCUCCAUGUCGCACGUGGACUCGGACUCGGACUCGCCGCUGUCCCCCGCCGGCUCCGAGGGGCUGGGCUGCGCCCCCGCGCCCGCCCCGCGCCCGCCGGGCCCCGCCGCGCUGGGCGCCAAGGUGGACGCGGCCGAGGUGGACGAGCGCUUCCCCGCCUGCAUCCGCGACGCCGUCUCGCAGGUGCUCAAGGGCUACGACUGGAGCCUGGUGCCCAUGCCCGUCCGCGGCAACGGAUCGCUCAAGGCCAAGCCGCACGUCAAGCGGCCCAUGAACGCCUUCAUGGUGUGGGCGCAGGCCGCCCGCAGGAAGCUGGCGGACCAGUACCCGCAUCUGCACAACGCCGAGCUCAGCAAGACCCUGGGCAAGCUCUGGCGUUUAUUGAGCGAAAACGAGAAACGUCCCUUUGUGGAAGAAGCCGAGCGGCUCAGGGUGCAGCACAAAAAGGAUCACCCGGAUUAUAAAUACCAGCCCCGGAGGAGGAAAAGCGUGAAAGCCGGGCAGAGCGACUCCGACUCCGGGGCCGAGCUCAGCCACCACGGCGGGACGCAGAUCUACAAGGGGGACAGCGGGCUGGGGGGCAUGGCCGACCCCCACCACCACGGGGACCACACAGGCCAGACCCACGGGCCACCCACGCCGCCCACCACCCCCAAGACCGACCUCCACCACGGCAGCAAGCAGGAGCUGAAGCACGAGGGCCGGCGCCUCGUGGAGAGCGGCCGCCAGAACAUCGACUUCAGCAACGUGGACAUCUCGGAGCUGAGCAGCGAGGUCAUCAACAACAUGGAGACCUUCGACGUGCACGAGUUCGACCAGUACCUGCCGCUCAACGGCCACGCGGCCCUGCCGGCCGAGCACGGCCCCGGCGCCGCCGGCUCCUACGGCGCGUCCUACUCGCACUCGGCCGCGGGCGCCGGCGGGGCCGCCCAGGUGUGGACUCACAAAAGCCCGGCCUCGGCGUCGCCGCCGGCGGCAGAGCCGGGCCAGCAGAGGCCCCACAUCAAGACGGAGCAGCUGAGCCCCAGCCACUACAGCGACCAGUCCCACGGCUCCCCCGCGCACUCCGACUACGGCUCCUACAGCGCCCAGGCCUGCGCCACCACCGCCGCCUCCGCCACGGCCGCCGCCUCCUUCUCCAGCUCCCAGUGCGACUACACGGACCUGCAGAGCUCCAACUACUACAACCCCUACCCCGGCUACCCCUCCAGCAUUUACCAGUACCCCUAUUUCCACUCGUCCCGCCGGCCCUACGCGACGCCCAUCCUCAACGGGCUGUCCAUCCCGCCGGCGCACAGCCCCACCGCUAACUGGGACCAGCCGGUCUAUACGACCCUGACGAGGCCUUAAAGGAUGUGUGGGGCCCCUCCAGGGCUUCCCAGAAAUGUGCACUAAUGAAGGAACGAAGAGGAAGAGCCGUGGAGUGCCGCGAUAAGUUUCCAAAGUGCCUCCUGAGCCGCUGGGAACUCUGCUCGUUGCGACUGGGUGUCCCCUUGCUUCGAAACUCUCCGAAAGGACAGAGCUCUAUUUUUCUGUGAUGAAUAUGAUUUAAGGAAAAAAAAAAAAAAAAAAAAAAAAAAAAAAAAAAAAAAAAAAAAAAAAAAAAAAAAAAACAAAAGCAAAGGACCGGCGAUGCCUUUUGAAUAAAUGAAGGACCGUUCGACUCCUCUGUGAGGACUGAACUGAACUUCCUCGAGGGGAAGGUGACAAGUGCAAAAGUGGAGCAGGGGGGUGGGAAAAAGGGGGAGAGAAAACAACGGGACAAGCCGUUUGAGACUUUAAAGGGUCUAUUGCAAUGUGAGGAACGGACCAACCUUGAGGGCAAGAACUCACUGGGACCAACAGGGAUGAACCCCAAAAACCCGGCUAUUCCAUGGAACAAUCCCGUGGGAACAAACCAGUCUGGUGGGACCAACCAAUUCAAUGUCUGAAGUGUU